UCUCUCCUGCAAGUUUUCAUUAAUGCACCGAAAAAGUAAAUAACGACGUCGUUGCACCCAAAUUUCCUAUUCCUUCCCUUUCUUCCCCGCGAUUUAUUCGCUAAACAGAGGGUUUGCAGCUGGCCACUGAUCUGCAUAAGAACCUCAGGAGCUGUGCUUUUGGGACCCAUAUCGGACCCGCAGUUGAUUUUGCAAGCCUGCCAUUAGAGCUGCUUGGAUGUAUAUAUAUGUUCCCUGCUAGCUAUCUGCUUCCAAGUGCUACAUUAGAUACCAAAAUGGAUGAAUUAAUAAGGGGUGGCAAUUUUACUGUUCCCAUUCAAAAUACGGAGGCUUCUGGUAAAAUUCCCAAGUCCCAGAAGCUGAAAGUGUAUAUAUGGGACAUGGAUGAGACUCUCAUAUUGCUCAAGUCUUUGUUAAAUGGAACAUAUGCGGAAGUGUUCAAUGGUUUAAAGGAUGUACAAAAGGGUGUAGAAAUUGGGAAGAUAUGGGAAAAACAUAUUCUUCAAGUGAGCGAUGAAAAUUUCUUUUAUGAACAGAUAGAAAACUGUAAUAAUCCCUUUGUGGAUGCCUUGAGCCAGUAUGAUGAUGGACGGGAUCUCUCUGAUUAUAAUUUUCACCAAGAUGACUUCAGUCCCUCACAUGAUGAUAUCAGUAAAAGAAAAUUAGCUUAUCGGCACCGUAUUAUAGCCCAUAAGUACAAAAAGGGCUUGCAUGGUAUGUUUAGUCAUGAUAUGAUAAAAUUCUGGGAUGAUCUGUAUGAUGUGACUGACAGUUACACAGAUAGAUGGCUCUCCUCAGCUCGGGCUUGUUUGGAGCAGUGCUCAGGAGGGAGCAAAGAGUCAACUCCAUGUACAGAAUCAGCUGAUGGGAUAAGUGACUCUACUGAUACAAAAUUUCAGAACAUCAAUCUUCUAGUGACUUCUGGAUCAUUGAUACCGAGUCUUGUCAAAUGCUUACUCUUUCGAUUGGAUAAUUUGAUAACGUAUGAGAAUGUCUACAGCUCAUGGGAAGUGGGGAAGCUCCAGUGUUUCUCAUUAAUCAGGGAGCGAUUCAGUGGGUCAAAUGUCCAGUUUUGUGUGAUUGGGGAUGGAUGGGAAGAGUGUGACGCCGCACAAGCCAUGGGAUGGCCAUUCGUUAAAAUUGAUCUGCGACCGGGGAGUUCUCACAGGUUUCCAGGCCUCACGUUGAGAACAUUAGGCCACUAUUUCUCUAUCGUAUAUGGAAAUGCCGAUGCUGAAAAUGACGAAGAGUAACUCACUACACGUAAGUUGUUUUUAACGGAAACUUUUAUCUGGUUGCAGAGAAUCAAAAGAUCUUAAGUUCCGGAACUUUUGUACGUCAAAGAACAGUGAAAUGUCCCUCCAAAAAAGGUUGAUCCAACUGACUAAAUUCACGUCGUCAAAUUGUUUUUUUCUCAUGAAAGAAAUCACGAAAUGCAACUGGGUUGUAAAGAUUACAUUGGACUUGGAUUACUUGAUAUCUUAUUUACUAGUUAAUAAUUUUGUUUAAUACUAACCAACCAUA